AGAAAAUGGGUUAUGCAACCACCAUUGUCAAUGUGAUAAGAUGUACCAGGCUGGCCUACUACAAUUCUGUCAAUCAGUUUCAUAGGCUCAACAGUCUAUCUCAUUCAAUAACAACGCAUCGGAGCUUCCAUGCGUGUUCGCGCAGAUGUCGCCCGCACAAGCACCCAGCGGCACGCACACUGGAUCCACGACUAGAGGAAAUGGGCAAUGUAAUUCGAGACGAGUACGCAAUAAUCCGAGAUAAUUACGAGGCACCCAAGCACCCAAUUGUCCUCGCUCAUGGACUACUCGGGUUUGAUGAACUACGUCUGGCUGGCCCACUUCUUCCUGGGGUUCAGUAUUGGCGAGGAAUUAGGGAGGCAUUGACAAUUAAGGGCGUCGAGGUUAUUACGGCCACGGUACCGCCGUCUGGGUCUAUCGAGCAGCGCGCUGAGGAAUUGGCGAGGGAUAUUGCCAUUGGUGCGCGAGGAAAGGAUGUUAAUAUCAUUGCACAUAGUAUGAGUGGGCUUGAUUCUCGAUAUAUGAUCAGCCAUCUCAAACCAACGGACUUCAAGGUCUUGUCCUUGACUACCAUCGCAACUCCUCACAGAGGCUCCGCAGUUGCAGAUUACAUUCUUGAACAAAUUGGAGCCGAACGCUUGCCCCAGGCUUACUAUGCCCUCGAACGCCUAGGUUUCGAAACUGGAGCUUUUGCGCAGCUUACACAAAAGUAUGCAGCAGAGAAAUUCAACCCUACAACGCCUGAUAUUGAGAAUGUCCGGUAUUUCUCUUACGGAGCAGCCAUGGACCCUAGCAUAUGGUCCGCCUUCCGUUUAUCUCAUCGGAUUCUCAAAGAGACUGAAGGAUACAACGACGGACUCGUCAGCGUUGCCAGUAGUCGCUGGGGAGGAAAGCACGGCUACAAGGGGACCCUUGUUGGCGUGAGCCAUUUGGACCUUAUCAAUUGGACUAACCGGCUGAAGUGGUUGGCUGGUGAGAUCACUGGCAAUAGACGGAAGUUCAACGCCAUUGCAUUCUAUUUGGACAUUGCAGAUAUGCUGGCAAAGGAGGGUCUGUAAAUUCUGGUGCCUGCUUUAGAGUGUCUGUGAUAACCAAUAAAACAAAGUUAUUAUACAGUCAAAUCGAGC